AUUCCCAUUCCAUUUCCACCCAUCCCGCGUCUCGCCGACCAUCGGAGGACGAAAGAAGGGGCAAGGCAAGAUGACGGAGCCGCCGCCGGAGCAGCGGACGCGCAAGAAGGGGAAGAGGGGCGAGCGCAGCAGCGCCGCCGCCCGCUUCGCCGCGCUGCCUCCCGACGUCCGCGAGCGCAUCCUCGCCUUGCUCCCCUACUGGGACGUCAUCCAGCUCUACGGCGUGUGCCGCGCCUGGCGCCGCCUCCGCCUCCACACCACCACUCCCGUCGUCGACAUCGACCUGCGCGACCUGCUUAUGGUCGACGGCUGCACCAUCUACGAGGCCGCCAUCUACGGCCUCCGCGUCGCGCUCGGGGACGAGAGGAGGAGCCGCCCAGUGGAGAUGCUCGACCUGACCUACUGCUCCGGCGACCGCGACAUGAGGACGCACGCCGACAAUCUCAUGGAGCGAGUCCAACCGCACAGGAUUCGCAUCUCCCUCGCCCGCAGCUGCGCCCUCACCACCGGCGAGCUCCUGGACGCCUUCUUCCGCCGGCUGGACAGGUGGGUCAUGUACGUGCCGUUCCUGGCCGGCGAGCUCGAGCUCCGCGGGGGCGACCACCGCGUGCCAAUGAUCGACGGCACCGGCGCCGAGCUCCUCGACGUUCUCUCCCUCUCUCAAGCGGUGCUCAAGGACGCGCCGCGCCUCCGCUCCCUGCGCUCGCUGACGCUCUCCGGCGUCACCGUCGCCGUGCCGCUCGUGCCGGGCGAGUGGUGCCCGCUGCUGGAGCGCCUGCGCAUCGAGGACUGCCGCGUCGAGCGUCGCGCCGUGGUCGUGCUCCUGCCGCGGCUCAAGCUGCUCGCCAUGGAGGACGUCGACGUCGGCUCGGCCGGCCGCGAGGACGCACCGUUCGGCGACGUCGCCGUCGACGCGCCGGAGCUUGAGGAGCUCGCGGUCAGCUGCUCCACCCGCUGGGCCGUGGACUACAGGUCCUUCGCCGUGCGCGCGCCGGCGCUGCGGCGCCUGCGCUGGCGCGAGCAGUUCGCGCAGUGCGUGCGCGUCGACGUCGGCAACCCGGGCAGCGUCUCCGAGGGCACGAUCGAGUUCACGGCCAACGGCGAGUGCGAGAUGAAGUUGUUCCGCGCGCAGAUGAUGAAGAUGCUCCGGGGGCUCCUCCCCGACCUGACGCCGAACAGCAUCGCAGACGUUGCACGGCCUUACAUGAAGCUAGACAUCCGAACCACGGUGGAUGAAGACACCGGUGGUGAGGUGAUCCAGGAGGAGAAGCUCACCUGCGACAUCGGUGGCCUCCUCAUGUCUCGACCUACCUGAAUGGUGAACGCUGCUCUGGUCGGUGGUGCUGAAGAAGGGUACAAGUUGGGGACUUUUGAAGCAUCUAAGGGGGUGUUUAGAAACAGGGACUUCAAAAAAGUCCCAGGGACUUUUUAGUAUUUAGAAGUAUUAAAUAAAUAUUAAUUAUAAAAUUAACUGCAGAACCCUGGGGCUAAACUGCGAGACGAAUCUAAUGAUGUAUCUUAAUCUAUGAUUAGCGAAUGGUUACUGUAGCAUCACUGUAGCCAAUCAUCGAUUAAUUAGGCUCAUUAGAUUCGUCUCGCGAAAAAGCACUCAGCUGUCAAAAAACAUUUAUAAACAGAUUUUAUUUAAUAAUAUAAA